UUGUUUGUGUGUGUGUCGACGUGGCGGGACGUGGAAAUCGGUGGGUGGCCAACAUUUCGAAUUUCACAUUUCAUUUCGCGGAUCACUUUUCGGAUCAACUUUCCACCCCAACACACGUAGAUCGUUCCAUCGGUGCAGUGCCUCCAACGUUCCAGCAUUCCACGUAAAUAACGGUGCAACAUGCCUACUCCAGCGAGUGCUACGUCCGUGGGCAGCGGUAGCCGAUCACCGGCGAAGCCAACCUCGGCGCCCCGUGCGGCCGCCGGUGGUGCCAGCAACCUGAAGCAGCGCAAAACGACCACGACGACGACAGCGGCCCGGAACCGCACGACAGGCACCGGUUCCGGUGGCAUGUGGCGCUUCUACACCGACGACUCUCCCGGCAUCAAGGUUGGCCCCGUUCCGGUUCUCGUGAUGUCGCUGCUGUUCAUCGCCUCCGUUUUUAUGCUGCACAUCUGGGGCAAAUACACUCGCUCGUAAAGUGCGUGUUUGGUGUCGCUGUCUCAUCUGUUUAUUGCUAAGAUCCGAUACCUUCCCUCAGUUCAGUUCGUUGAAUAUUGUUUCCACAUCCGCAUUGAAGUUCAAAAGUUACUGUUCCAGUCUCCUCCCCGUCACCUUCCUUUACCGCGCCCGUGCUCCCUCCGAUUCCGCUCGUUGGCUUUGGAACUGCAAACUCUGAUAGAAAGCCUGACUCUGAGCGAAAGUGCAACGUGAGGGAGGGCACCGACGUGUCCUGUCUGUGGGUGCUUUCCAUGUUUCUGUGCGGCCAGCAGGGCAAUCGUCAGUGCGGCAUCAUCAUCAUCACCACCACCGCCAACAUCAAUGAUCGGAGAAUAUGACUGAGGCUUAUGUUCCACCGAUCUGCUGUGCCGAUCGACAUUUUUUUGGUUUGCUCCAUUGUCCGCAUCUCCCGUUGCCGCUCUGCUGGUUUCUAAUUUAAAUAUGAAAUUCUCUAGCUCAACGUAAGGCAAUCUUUAUUAUUACGUACGGAAAAGAGACAUAAUAUAAUUAUAUACAAAACCAG